UAGCGCGCAGUAGAUAGACACCCUGAAGCAUCCAUUCCAGCCUCCCUGCCUCUCUCUCUCUCUCUCUCUCUCUCUCUCUCUCUCUAUUUAGCGCCUAACCGGCGGUGUUAGUGGGCAGAGCACGAGCUCUUCGUCCCUGCGCUCCUUAUAAUUGAGACCAAAAUGUUUUCCCGCUUACGCUCUUUAAAUCCGAAAUUCUAAUCCAGUGACGUCAGACUUCGAUCUUUUAAUAUCAAAUUUUGUUGGGUUUCUUCUCACUCUCUCCCUCUCACAAGGGGAUAGUGAAAAUGGAGCCCGUAGCGUUUGUGACAGACAAAUUCAAAGGUUUCGCAAGAUGGAGCCAAGACUUGGUCGACGGCCUCUUUUAUCGGCGAGGUGAAACUUCUUCUCGUCGCAAUCCGGUGUAGCAAUUUUCCUAAGUAUAUGCUUCGUUUACAACUCUUCCACUCUAUGAUAUGAUUUCCAGAUUGAUAUACUGAAGCGGUUGCAGAGAGAAUCGUUUUCAGAUUUGAUGAAACUGAGGGACAGACAAGAUAAGGUGGAGCGGAUGCUGACCUUCUAUGGAUCUUCCAAGGGAAGUCCAUUUCACGAAGCCAGCACUCUUGUAAGGGGACAAGUGGAUCUCUUAGGGGCUUUGUUGUUGACCGAUAAUGUUGAUCUUCAGGACCGUGACCUACUUGGUCAAGAAGGAAUCAGAACUGGAAUUCAUUCAAGGUUUACAUUUGAAGCAACUUUUAGGGAGAAGGAUACUCUGGCUGUCGAAUUUGUGAGCUCUCAAAACCAUAAGAAUAAUGUUGAUCAUCUCUCAGGAAGCCCACUUUCUUUGGCAAAAGUGUUCUAUAUGGCCAAUGCUACUGACUGGUUAUCUGCAUUUGCGAUCCCAAUGGGAGCUCAAUGCUGGGACGUUGCAACUGUUACAAACCCUUCCCACCAGGAAAAGGGGCUUACUGAUGUUUCAUCUUCUGGACCGCCCCUUUUGAAUCAGUAUAAUGGUAGUGCGAUUGGCCUGAUGGUGAAGAAAUCGAACGUGGUUGCUUCAUUGGCUCAGUUUGUUUCUGAACUGGAAAUACGACAGAGCUCUGAUAGAGUCGGGCAUUGUUUCAGCACUUUUGGGCAAGUUGUAUGUCAACUUCCCAAAGGGAUAAAUCUCUCACUUCUGGGACUCCUCCAAGUGCCUAAAUUCUCAUAUAAACGUGGAAAUCAUGGAGCACUUACCUUUUCAUUUGGAGGAUUCAAACAUGAAAAUGCCCCUGGCAUAAGUCCACCCGUUGGAACAAACUCACUCGAAAAUGUCUCAACUGGAUCCAUUGCUCUAAUGCUAGAUUCUGAAAUUGAUGAAAUCCCAAAGAUUGGAGGUUGGAUUGAGAUGAACAAUUCAAAUCCUAAGUAUCUACAGUUUGCUGUGACUAUGUCCGAUGAUUUUGAAGAUUCACUGGGAUGGGGAAUGAGGUUCAGCGGAAUGAUUGAAAGACUCUCAAAUUGCGAUCACUUUCGGUUUGAUUCCUACUUGAAAUUGAAAUUUGGCAAAAGAUUCAUUAUAAAGCCGGGUAUUACUUGCAUAAAGGAUGGAAAUGCCAAAACAGCCGCCUUUAUGCUUCGAUCUAAUUGGUCGCUUUAGUCACCAUCUUUUCAAAUAUCUUCAGGAUGGUUAUCAUUUUGUUAGUUGACCAUUUUGUAUGCAAGGUCGCAGUUGGUCCACCUGGUAAAAAACAUUGUUUCCUGGUAUAUAGAUACCGCAGUAUUUGAUCUCUCUCUAUGUUGGUAUGAAGAAAUGAGUCCCAAGUACUGUUUUGCUAUUGUUUUGAAGCCAAUGGAGGGAGAAAUAUAAGUAUCCAAAAUUUCAAAUC